UUCUAUUUCACGUUAUAUAAACGUGGGAUCCGUAAUUUUGAGUUCUUUUUCUGUGGGUUUUUCAAUAAGGAUGACUUGCAAACGCAGAAACGGUGGACGUGCCAAGCAUGGCCGCGGUCAUGUGAAUCCAGUCCGCUGCACCAACUGUGCUCGUUGUGUCCCUAAGGACAAGGCCAUCAAGAAAUUUGUCAUUCGUAAUAUCGUCGAGGCCGCUGCCGUCAGGGACAUAACGGAAGCCAGCUUUUAUCAAUCUUAUCAGCUGCCCAAAUUAUAUGCUAAGCUUCACUAUUGUGUUUCUUGUGCUAUUCACUCUAAAGUGGUACGGAACAGAUCCAAGGCGGAUCGUCGUAUAAGAACGCCUCCUGUCCGCAACUUCCCAAGGGAUCUACGCCAGGGCCAACAGAACAGGAAAUAAUUUUAUCAUGUAAAGUUAAUUUCGAUAUAAAUAAAAAUUCGUAAAACCA